AGCCAGUAAUGGGACAGCAAUCAACGCCGAGGCCAAUGCCUACACCAGCUCACCUGCAAAGGUUACCAACCAAGCCAUUCUCUCCGGCCGCGACAUCAUCAAAACCAGCAUCAAAGCCAACUCCAGUGCCUCUACCUAAACAGCUGAAUAAGCCAUCAAUACCGCCCUCAAUACCAGCGCCAACAGUGAAUGCAACAGCAAUAACAACAACAUCAACAUCAACGCCGCCAUUAUCAGCCUCAUCACCCACACCAGCUUCGCAGCCAAGUGCUGGUCGGGGACGGCCCAAAGGGUGGAAGCCCGGCAUGUCUUACAGUUCGCUUCGUGGGCCAAAUUCUGUGGCAAGACCUGUUCGACAGGCCAAGCCAAAGACUCUCGCCUUGGGGCCUGCAAAACGCCGUGGAAGACCGCCGAAAGCGCCAUCCCCCCUUCCAUGGCAAGUUUACCGGUCCCUGGAGAAAUCAUUCGCAGCUUUCCUAUGUGAAUGGGGGAGUUGUAAAGCCGAACUCCACAACCUAAACACGCUACGGCGCCAUAUCUCGGUGGUCCAUUGCCGUAAAAGACCGUUUGUAUGUCACUGGGGGAAGUGUGGUAAAGAGGCAACUGCAGUUGCAUUUUCUGAUGAGCGAUUGCUUCGAAUACAUAUUGAAGAGGCGCAUCUCAUACCAUUUAGUUGGCAUGUAGGUGAUGGGCCGCAGAAUGACAGCAGUCGACGGCAGUUCCCGGAAGAGGGAGAGAUCCCCGAUUAUUUAAAGGAUGAACAUGGCAAUCAAGUAACGCCAUCCGUACGAGAUCAACAAGUGGAGGACUUUGUUACCUGGAAGAGCAAUCGUCAAAAGCUAAAAGAUCUACUUGUUCGGAUGAAUGAGAACCUACCAAGCGAAGAAUCAGACUCUCUCGCUGAUGAUACCUGAAGAGGAUGCAGGCUGGA